AUGCUGCCGGGACAAGAGGUCGCCGCAGCACCGUGGAACGUAAAGACAAGUGCCGGAACGCCGCCGCAAUAUAGGAUUGCCGCCGCACUACCGGGACGCCGUCGUAACACGAAGUUACCGCUGUAUGCGCCGGAUGCUGCCGCAAUAUGGGAUUGCCACAGUAUCGACGGGACGCCGCCGCAAAAAGAACAUGAAGUUGUCGCUACAUGCGCCCAGUGCCGCCGUAACAUGAGGUCACCGCCGCACCGAUGGGAUGCCACUGUAUGCGCCGGAUGCCGCCGCAACCAUUACACGCCGCAAGAACGCCGCGACACGAUACACCAUCGUACAACAUGCCGCAAGAAUGCUACAAGACAGAACGCCGCUACACGAAAUGCCGCACCGCCACAGAACGCCGUACAACACGAUGUAAUGACGCCACAACACGGGACGCCACCGUACAACAUACUAGAUGAAACGCCACGACGUGAUACACCACCGUAUAACUGCGCCGCAGCAAUUCCCGCCGCCAGAAAUUCCAUCACGAUCGACGCCGCACUCUGCCGCACGGAUACGUCACGAAAUGAUCGCCACGCCGCCAUGUUACACGAAGCGCGAAAUGAUGAUACUCCCGAAAUGCGAAGCGAAAUGCCACUAAAAGACCAAGGAAACGCCGCAAAACGUAACACGGACGACGCCACAAGAAUAUAG